AUGGUUUUCGCAAAAUAUGCAUUCCCUUGGUGGAGGGAGAAAGAGAUAGUGUCCGAAGAAAGGAGAGCACAAGGUCUGUGUCCUCUUACUCCAGAGGAGGCGGCAUUAGUUCUGCAAGCAUUUGGUUUUGACAACGGAACACAGAUAUACAUUGCAUCUGGUGAGAUAUAUGGUGGUGAACGGAGACUUACCGUGCUACGAGCUGCCUUUCCACGGAUUGUGAGUGGUUUUAGUGUCUUGCAUUUCAAUCUUCAUUCUUUUGACUUCAUGAAUAUGAAAUUCCUAUGGUCCAGCUCUGCUGAAAUGGUUGUGAAUCACACAUAG